AUGUCUGCACUCCGAAGGAAAUUUGGGGACGAUUACCAGGUAGUGACCACCUCGUCCAGCGGCUCGGGCUUGCAGCCCCAGGGGCCGGGCCAGGGCCCGCAGCAGCAGCUUGUGCCCAAGAAGAAGCGGCAGCGGUUCGUGGACAAGAACGGCCGGUGCAAUGUCCAGCACGGCAACCUGGGCAGCGAGACGAGCCGCUACCUCUCGGACCUCUUCACCACCCUGGUGGACCUCAAGUGGCGCUGGAACCUCUUCAUCUUCAUCCUCACCUACACCGUGGCCUGGCUCUUCAUGGCGUCCAUGUGGUGGGUGAUCGCCUACACCCGGGGCGACCUGAACAAAGCCCACGUCGGCAACUACACGCCCUGCGUGGCCAACGUCUAUAACUUCCCCUCCGCUUUUCUCUUCUUCAUCGAGACUGAGGCCACCAUCGGCUAUGGCUACCGAUACAUCACCGACAAGUGCCCCGAGGGCAUCAUCCUCUUCCUCUUCCAGUCCAUCCUUGGCUCCAUCGUGGACGCCUUCCUCAUCGGAUGCAUGUUCAUCAAGAUGUCCCAGCCCAAGAAGCGCGCCGAGACCCUCAUGUUUAGCGAGCACGCGGUGAUCUCCAUGAGGGACGGAAAACUCACGCUCAUGUUCCGGGUGGGCAACCUGCGCAACAGCCACAUGGUCUCGGCGCAGAUCCGCUGCAAGCUGCUCAAAUCUCGGCAGACACCUGAGGGUGAGUUCCUUCCCCUUGACCAACUUGAACUGGACGUAGGCUUUAGUACAGGGGCAGAUCAACUUUUUCUUGUGUCCCCACUCACAAUUUGCCACGUGAUUGAUGCCAAAAGCCCCUUUUAUGACUUAUCUCAGCGAAGCAUGCAAACUGAACAGUUUGAAAUUGUCGUCAUCCUAGAAGGCAUUGUGGAAACAACUGGAAUGACUUGUCAAGCUCGAACAUCAUACACUGAAGAUGAAGUUCUCUGGGGUCAUCGUUUUUUUCCUGUAAUUUCUUUGGAAGAGGGAUUCUUUAAAGUUGACUACUCCCAGUUCCAUGCAACAUUUGAAGUCCCCACACCACCAUACAGUGUGAAAGAACAGGAGGAAAUGCUUCUCAUGUCGUCACCUUUAAUAGCACCAGCCAUAACCAACAGCAAAGAAAGACAUAAUUCUGUGGACUGCUUAGAUGGAUUAGAUGACAUUACUACAAAACUUCCAUCCAAGCUACAGAAAAUUACCGGAAGAGAAGACUUUCCCAAAAAACUCUUAAGGAUGAGUUCUACAACUUCAGAAAAAGCUUACAGCUUGGGAGAUUUGCCUAUGAAACUUCAACGAAUAAGUUCAGUUCCUGGCAACUCAGAAGAAAAACUAGUAUCUAAAACCACCAAGAUUUUAUCUGAUCCUAUGAGCCAGUCUGUGGCUGAUUUGCCACCAAAGCUUCAAAAGAUGGCUGGAGGAACCGCUAGAAUGGAAGGGAAUCUUCCAGCCAAAUUAAGAAAAAUGAACUCUGAUCGCUUCACAUAA